AUGCCUCCCAGACCGCCGCCACCACCCGGGCCUCCGCCGCCCCCGGGGCCGCCUCCGCCUCCAAUAUUCGGAGGUUCCAAAUCUUCCUCCUCGCCUGACGAUCGUAAUGCCUUACUCAGUUCUAUACGACAAGGAGCUAAGUUAAAAAAGACUGUGACGGUUGAUAAAAGUGGACCUUACAUUCCCGGUAAAGUGGGUAAUGCACCAAGCAAUGCACCGUCAGUGGGGAACGGUGUUAGAAGUGCGGGGAUGCCAAAUGGUGGUGCUAUGCCAGCCCUGGGCGGGUUGUUUGCAGGUGGGAUGCCUAAAUUGAGGCCGACCGGGAAAGUGCCUAGUAGUAGUAGUGGAAACUCAACGCCUAAUGGUCAAGCAAGAACGGAUAGUGGUAGUUCUUCUCCCCGUUUUCCUCAACAAAAAUCACCAGAGAAGUCCCGAACGUUUGGUACUUCAAGUGGGAACUUUGUAGCCGCCUUAUCAGAAGCAAUUGCUUCUAGAGAAUCACCGAAAGACAUAAGGGAUUCACCACGCGAAGCACCAUCGAGGCCGACUGUGAGACGGCAGCCCAGUGAAGUAAAAGUGCGAGGGCCACCUCCCGAACCACCGGUACAGAAAGCUCCCAUGCCUUUGAGUACGUCGGAUUCGAUUUUGACAACGGGAGUAACGGAGAGAGUCAGCUCGGAGCAGAGCCUGCCCCCCCAUGUCGCUACCACUCUGCAUCGCAACAGGAGCUCCCUCCACUCUGGCUCGCAGGUGUCUUUGGGAGGUUCCAUGACGUCAUUGACGUCAGCUCCGCCCCCCGUUACGCCAGCCUCGUCGCUGUCUACGUCAGACCUAUCAGAAAGACCGAGGGUCAGUCAUGGGAAGCCCAACCUGGCUCCGAAGCCGCCGACUGCCUCCAAUCCACCACCGGAUAGGCCUUCGCCACCGCCUAAGAAGCUUAUGGUGAAUGGAAAGUUAGCAGCUAGAGCGCAAAGUAUGAGAGUGCCCAGGUCUCCACCCGUGUCGCCACCUUCUCCGCCUGGCCUGUCGCGUCCACCACAGCCAGCCACCAACGCCGCAACAUCACCACAUCGGCACCAAGAACCCGGCGUCGCACUUCGGUACACUGCGAGCACCACGCGGUUUGCGACCACCAGGGCGCGAGGCGCAGCACUAGCAACACCGCCCCCAGCACCACCACCGCAUCACAGACUCAAUAGCACAAGCGACGACCUGAACGCCCCAGCACCGCCAGUCCGCGGCUCAUCUAUUCGCGAACGAGCCGCGGAAUUCGACGCUCGGUUCGCCGGGCUCUUCCACCCGUCGCACUCGUUCCCGGACCCUCCCCCCUUCCUACGCGUCACGAAGGGCUACUGCAGCUCGUCCGCCCUGGUGAGCAAGGCGCAGGCGCCGCCUCCGCCGCUAAAACUUCCCCUAGACGGGUGGUCGGGCACCUCUAGUGCUUGCUAG